UCAAGUGUGUUUGAGCAGUCAUUUAUUUUUUUCCAUCAGUAAUGGCGUCUAUGAGCGGUUCUCUGCCUGUAGAACAGUUCAUUUGUUCAAUCUGUCAGGAUGUCUUCAAGGAUCCAGCAACGAUUCCGUGUGGACACAACUUCUGCAUUAAAUGCAUCUCUGAGCAUUGGGACAGCAGCGUGGGGAUUCAAUGUCCCCUGUGUAAGAAGGAUUUUCACUUGAGACCAGAAUUUGAUAUCAACAGAGAGUUCAGGGAGAUCAUUGAACAUCUGAGGAAAGGAGAGAGUCCUAUCAAACCUGGAGAAAUUCCAUGUCAUGCCUGUGUAAAAAUAAAGCAGAAGGCUUUAAAGUCUUGUUUGCAUUGUGGAGGUACUUUUUGCAAGACACAUCUAGAGCCUCAUAACACCGUGGCACAACUGAAGAAUCACAAACUGGUAGACCCUGCUGAGAAUCUGGAAGACUAUAUGUGCCAGAAGCAUGACAGACCCCUGGAGCUGUUCUGCAGAGAUGAUAAGGUGUGUUUGUGCCUUUUUUGUUUUAUGGAAGACCACAAAACUCAUAAGACUGUUCUUGUAGAGGAGGAGAGUGCUGACAAGAAGACUCAGUUGAUGAACAAAAGGGCAGAGGUUCGACUGAUGAUUCAGUACAAAACUGAGAAAAGUGAGGAGAUAAGAAACCAAGUAAAGCUCAGCAGGCAAAAAACAGACAAGGAGAAAGCAUACUGUGUUGGGCUUUUCACCGAUCUUAUGCACUCUAUUGAGAGAUGUCAGUCUGAACUGCUUGAUCUAAUGGAGCAAAAACAAAAAGCAGCAGAAGAUGUCAUGAAAGAGCUGGAGCAGGAAAUCACAGAACUAAAGAGGAGAGACACUGAGCUGGAGACGCUUUCGCAAUCUGAGGAUCAUCUGCACCUGCUACAGAUUUACCCAUCCCUCUGCAGCCCUUUAAAGGGGAGGAACUGGUCUGAGAUCAGUAUUGACACCUAUAUCAGUGUGGACACUGUGAGGAGAGUUCUUACAAAGCAUCAAGAAUGUCUCUAUCAUGCAUUGAUAAAUGUUACAGGAAUUGAGCUAAGGAGAAUUGAAAAGUUUGCAGUGAACGUGACUAUGGAUCCACAAACAGCUCAUCCUAAACUGCUCUUGUCUGAAGAUGCCAAACAGGCUGUGUAUGGAGAAACACAGCAGGAGGUUCCUGACAGCCCCAUGAGGUUUGAUACUUGCCCUGGUGUCCUGGGCAAGGAGGAAUUCUCUUCUGGAAAAUGUUAUUUUGAAGUUCAAGUUAAAGGCAAAACUGAGUGGGAUUUGGGUGUGGCCGGAGAGUCUGUUAAAAGAAAGGGAACAAUCACUUUAAGUCCAAGGAACGGAAUCUGGACUCUGAGGUUGAGGAACGGAAUUGAGUAUAAGGCCUGCGACAUUCCCUCUGUCUCUCUGUCUCUGGGAGUGAAGCCGCAGAGGAUGGGUGUGUUCGUGGAUUAUGAGGAGGGUCUGGUCUCCUUUUAUGAUGUGGAGUCCAGGUCUCAUAUCUACUCUUUUACUGGUCAGUCUUUCACUGAGAAACUUCAUCCAUAUCUCAGCCCAUGCUUUAAUAAUGGAGAUAAAAAUUCAGCUCCACUGGUCAUACUACCCAUCAGCAACCAAAGUUUAAACCCAUACCGUGAUGCCUCCAGGCAAUAGAGCCUUGUCCUACAAAUAUAACCAAUUAUUUUUCACAAUAAUGUUCAUAUUGUUUCAUAACGCCUGAAAUUAGUUUAGACUUACCAUACUGUUGCUGAUUCCUUAAAUUUAAAAUCAUUACAAUUUCAAUGUAUCCUAUGUUCUAUUAGUUUAUCUCAUUGCUUUUAUUUUACCUUAAACCCUUUUAAAGAGAAAUUAUACAUAGUCAGCUGUGCCAGCAGCCAUAUCACCCUGUAGCCCAAGACUAGUUGCCCACUGGAGCUAAGCAGGCCUGAGCCCCCCUGGAAAAACCAAGUUGCUGCUGGAAGAGGUGUUAGUGAGGCCAGCAGGUGGUACUUGCUUUGUGGGUCGUAAUGCUCCAGUAUAGUGACUGGGCACUAUACUGUCAAAAAAGCACUGUCCUUCAGAUGAGACUUUAAACCGAGGUCUGCUGACAUCCGGAGACACUUCAUAUAUAUAAAGGUGUAUAUAUACAUGGCAUGCUUUAGAAAUAAGAUGUUAUAGUGCAGAUAAAAAUGUAUGCUAAUAGUGUGUGAAGGUAAGGCCACUAUUUAAGGUCCAAACCUGGGUUUCAAAGUGAAAGUGAAGUCAUCACAAUAGCAAUCAUUUCAUAUGUUCGUUUUAGUGGAGAACACUUUAUUGCAGUACUUAUGUGAUCAUUUAGUAAGAAGAAUAUACACAUACUGUGCUUAAAAGGACCGUUUGAAUAGCUGCAGUUAAAAUAGUGACAAUAACGCUUCAUGUUACUUUUAUGAAUAACCUUGCCAUACAUUGUAAUCUGGUGAAUGCCUCUUUGGUGAAUUAAAGUCCAAAUGUCCUGAAAAUCUGUACAUUGUUCAAUUGUCCAUCUAAUGUGAAUACCUACCUGCAAACUAUAGUGUGUGUGUGUGUGUGUCCCUGUACCCCACCUUUGUGGCACGUUUUAAAACAUUUACCUGUUAAAAAAAUAAAAGUGAUUUCUUUUCACUAUAUCAAAACCUGAAAUGUAACAUUACAAUAGAAAGCUGGUGCCUCUUAAAUACAGAAGGCCUUAUUGUUGA